AUGGCUGGCUUGGACCCAUCACGAGAAAACCAGUUGGCCACAUCCCUCGCCCAGUCCAUCUGCCAGACCAACCGAUUCCGAAUCAGUGAACCUCGUGCAACCCUCACCUCCAAAAUUAUAUCGGUUAUCUUACCCGCCAUCGUCCUUUCUCUCCUCGCUAUCCCCGCCGUAAGAGACAGCGAUAUUGCCUUCUUCAUCCUAGCCAACAUCCUGAUGGCCGUUGGAAUGGGCGGCGGUAUGAUCAUGCUCGCCAUCAUAACAUGCAAAUACUUCCACGCGCGGUUCAACGUCCAUUCCUGGAAUGUCCGCUAUUAUACUUCCUCCCACGGCACGCAAUUAACAGACGGCGAGGCUCUUCCACAGCUACGGCCCGUCGAGACUCAAUUCUUCGACCGGUGGCUCGUGAUACGGUUUUCGAUAGGAUUUCUGGCGAUGAGCGCUUUCCAAGUUGUCAUUAUCCUCUUCUCAGUCAGAGCCGCGCGGACGAGCAAGGAAGCCAGCACCCGCACCGGCCCAGACCUGAGCAUCGAGAAGCUGCGACGCCGUUUCAAGAAGAAGGAGGUGACGGCGCACGAACUGGUCAACCGGCGCGGCGCCGGUGGUGGCGGGCGUGGUUCAGGCAAGACCCUGAGCCAUCAGACCGACACUCUCCCACCGUCAAGCGUGGGCGACAGUGCAGAGAUUGCCGGAAUGGGGGAUGAGGCGGAUUCGGACCCCGAGACGGGAACUCGCGGUCAGAGGGCGCCGUGGCCGGAACCACCAGAUCCUGUUCGAACACGAUGGUCAUGA